GGGAAUAUGAGAAAGGGAAGUUCAUUAGUUAAUAGUGCUGUUAAUGGCUCCGAGCAAGAUGAAUCUGAUGAAGCAGCUACCAAUUCAAUUUCACAACUGUCCUUGACCAAAGCACAAAUUCAAAAGCUUAUGACAUUGAUCUCUGAACAAGAUGAUACAGCAAGAACUAAGGAAAAUCAUUCAGACAAGCCUUCUCUUGUAAAUUCUGCACUGGCAGGAUCUUCUUACAUGGACAGUGAUUGGGCAUGCUACAGUCAUUGCUGGACUUUAUAUCAUACAAAGACAGUUGAAUGCACAGUUCCAGAAGUUGAUUUAUGUUCAUAAAGGUCCUAUUUCUGUUCUUUCUAAGUCUAGGAUUCAUAAUGUUCAGUCUGGUGAUACAAAGUUUAUAAAAUCAGAUUUGGUACAUGAUGAUUGUUUAAACUUUGUUUGUAGUUCUUUGAGUCAAAAUUUUGAUAUGUGGGACUAUAGAUUAGGUCAUGUGUCACCAUAGAGAAUAAAACAGAUUCAUAAGUGCUGUUCAGAUGUGAUUUGUAAAGAUGAUUUUCAAUGCAA